CGACUUAUGCAGCCUCGCGGGGUUCGCUGUUUACCGCAUGAUACUGAGCCCCAGGUCGAACGGCGAGUGGUUGUCGAGUCUCUGCCUCAGGGCUGGGGGUUCGCGGUCAUGUUGGUUAGUUCGGCGCCUGUGCCCUCUGGGAUGCACAUGCACGAAAAGAGGUAUGACUGCAAAGGGGAACGAUGCUCCCCAUAGAUAGGUCGGCCCCCUCUUGUCGCCAAUACGGACGUUUUUUCGACCCUGCUUUCUUCAUCCCUCUUGCGCAGACCCGGUUGCUGCUCCGUGCUACCUAGCUGCUCUCGUCUUCCUUCUCGCCUCGUAGCCCGUCUUCCUUCUCGCCUCAUACCCGUCUUCAUUUGGCACUUGGUGCUGCACCAUCGUCACCCGUUACCAUCCCUCUCUCCUGUACCUCGCCCCCCGCUCGCCGAUGGAACGUCGUGCCGGCCUUCCGCCGACGAAGCCGCUUGGGCGUCCUGCGCAGUCACAGCCGGCCCCGGGAUCAUCAGUUCCGGAGUCAGAGGCAGCAUCAGCCUCGACAACCCCGCCUUCUCGCCUGGAGUCGGAAUCACCGUCAGCUGGACAAGGACAGGAUGGCCGAAAGCGUGUUCGGCGAUGGCAUCAACGUGGGUUCACUGGGUGUCUGACCUGUCGUCGGCGUCAUGUUCGCUGUGACGAGGGGUCUCCGUCCUGCAACAACUGUCUCCGGCUGGGCCUCAAAUGAGACGGGGCUGAGGGGAGGAUGACAUUCAGGACGUACGAGCCCUUUGCAAACCCUCAGGAAGCAUCCUCCGCAUCGACUAAAAGGCGUGCAAAGAGGAAUGUGUCGCCAGCGACUACGGGCCCCGCGGGUCAGAACCUUACUGCGGUUGUGGAACCGUCGUUGUCGUCGUCCUCCGUCACGCCAUCCAGGGCCCGACACCGUAGGGAGGACAAAAAACAAAACGAAGCUAUGGAGGAGAGGGAGGACGAAGGUGUCAGCUGGAAGGGGGAGAGAGCAGGUGGAGAGGAACACAAACAGGACAGAGAAAAGGCGCAUCGGUAUGACGACAGCAGAACAAUUGCUUCCAGGAACCGACAGGACGUGCCACGCACCCAGGAACUCUUGGUGCCGGCUUCGAUGGACUCCAGCGACGGCCGAUACUUCAGCCAUUUCAUCGACCGUCUCUCCACAUUGUUGAUUCUGGACGACAGCUCUGUCGACCGGAACCCCUUCCGCACACUCUUCCCCGAGCUCUCCCGGUCGUCUCCCUUGAUGAUCGAUGCCAUGCAAGCAGUCGCUGCGCUGCAUCUGGCCAAUACAUCACAGGCGCAGCAGCGCAUCGCGCACUUCCAGAAUGCCGUCUCUAAAUACGACGGGGUGGUCAGGUCAUUCCGCACAAGAAGCAACACCUCCGGCCAACAGCUGCAGCUGACGGACCUUGCCGUUUGUUUACUGUUGUGUCUCUUUGAAAUGAUGGAUUCCCAGUAUCACCACUGGCUGGUCCACCUGAAAGGAGCCAAGGGCAUUUAUCGCACGUUGUACUAUCCCAACCAAGCGCAUCAUGACUAUGCCCGAGCAGCCCGACGGCAACCCGAUAGCCCCACCCAAAACUUUCUUGUUUCCAUGCUCUUCUACCUGGACGCGGCGGGGGCGUGUGCUGCCAGCGACGGCACCGUGGUCGUUGGGAGCUACUGGGCGUUUGACGGUGGUUCAGAGUUCCAAGCGCCCGGCGCUUCUAGCAGCUGUCGCGGGGCAGCCGCCAGCCAUUCCUCCCUGGCGGAACUCCGGCAGUGCUGGUGCGCGAUGAUGGAGAUCCAGGCGUCGGUCAGCGCAUUCGGCGAAGCCAAGCAGCGAUGGAUGCCUUUUGAGCAGCAAGACCAGGCGUACAAAUGUCUCCUCGACCGGAUGGCCGCGUGGAGGGCGAACGCGUCCGAACCCCUCCGACGGCUGGCGGGGCUGGACGGCAACAGCCUCCAGCAGUACGAAUACCAGGACAUGAUUGAACACGCGGGAUGCGUGGAGGCGUACGAGAAGGCGACGAUCUUGUACCUGCACAAGAUUCUCGGUGCUGGUCGGCCGGAUCGUCAACCGGACGCGGUGGUGGUGGAUGCGCUGGUCGGUCGUAUUCUCCUGCUGAUCGAGAAGCUGGCUACGGGAGUUCGGCAGCUGGCAGUGGUCUGGCCGCUGUAUGUGGCCGGGCGAGAGGCACGGCAGGAAUACCAGCAGCAGUUUGUGCGGGAGAAGUUGAUGGAGCUGCAACUAUAUGGGUUUAAGGUGCGCUUUGUUUUUCUUCGCUAUAUCCCCUGCCCCCUCCUCCCCUCCCGACGGUACCAUCUCCUCCCCAGCAUGCAAUGCGAGGAGGGACACCAAGGAGAAAGGGGGGUGUUCAACGAGUGAGAAUUGACCGUUUCCUUGACGUGAUAUAGAACCUCGAAAAGGGACUGCAAGGCCUGCAGGGGAUCUGGUUUAAGAGACGCAUGUUCCCAGGGGGAUGGGUUGAGACGAUGGACGAGCUGAGGCCACCGAUGGUUAUUCAAUGAGGCUUUUUUUUUUUACGCCCGCGGUGCUCAGUGCUGGCUUGGCCUGCAUGGGCACGUUCCAGCUGGUUCGUGGGGAGAUUAGGCACUGCUUGCUGACAGGCUUGACCCCGGGGGAGGGGGGAAUCCCUGCGACAUGCAUAUACGGCGCUGGCUGUUUAUGAUUGGACGCGAACUCCUUCACUCGAUGGCAUCUCUAGUUGCAUCUGGUGUUAGAAUAUAUCAAUCUUGCUGCAUUGGAUGGCUAGCGCAACUAUGCUGGACAAGGACGUCCGGGAAACGUGGGAUGGCCGCCGCCACUGCAGAGUAGAAAGUCGGACCGUUGCUGAGAUCUACAAUGGAAUGGAUUUACUGCUGUAGAUCUAUCGAUCAAUGCAAGAUUAAUGGGCUGGCUGGGGUGUAGAGUUAGUUCGACAGCCCGUUCUCCUUCCUGACUGAUUGCCGCGGGACAUGGGCCAUGAUUAGGUGCGGCGUGUUACACUACGCGGACUAGGCAGUAUCAUCU